AUGUCGGGUUCCUUCUGGAAGUUCAGUAAUGGGUUCACUUCCCUAUCAAAUAUAUCUACUUUGUUAGAGAACUACUCCACAAAGAGUGAUAGGGAGGCGCUGCCGAGAGCCAGAGGAUUCGACGUACUCUUGAAAUUGUUGGAUGAGAAUGAUCUAUUACAGGAGUUGUUAUCGAACAACUCCAUGUUGUUGGAGUUUUUGCGAGAUAAUGAUAUAUUAGGCAUGUUAGUGGACUUGGUGAUUCAAGAUGGAGUAAUAGAUGAUGAGCUUAGCAUGGAGUUGUCGACGCUACAACUAAAGGAGAAGGAGGGACAAGACGCGGAACUUACCGAAGAGACUGACGGCGAUAAUAGCAAGCGACUGGGAAAGUCAAAACACUCAUCAAAAGAAGACGAGAAGGAAGAACAGGAUGUCGAAGGAGAGGAUAAGGACAAAGAACAGAAUUUCGAUGAUGAAAACGACGACGAUGAAGAAGAAGAGGAAGAAGACGAAGAUCAUGAAGAAGAAGAACAAGACGACGAAGAAGAGUUUGAGGAAGAAAGGGCUACUAGGCGAGCUACUUUGGCUGCUGAAAUACUCAGUGCUGAUGUAUGGUCCUUGACGGAUACGGUCAUGGAUUCUACUCAGAACUUGAAUCGACUUUGGUCGAUCCUAGACUCCAAGGCACCUCUUUCGUUGAGUCUUUCGACGUAUUUCAUGAAAAUUAUGGAGCAUUUGCUAGACAUGAAAUGUGAUGAGAUGAUCAACUAUCUUGUUGAUAAUCAGCCAAACUUGGUUGAAAAGUUUAUGAACCAUUUAUCAAACCCUCCUUUAAUGGAUUUCCUAUUAAAACUAAUUUCUACUGAUAAACCAGACAACUCAACUGGCAUAAUAGACUUUUUACAGAAACAGAAUUUAAUUCCUCUUUUGAUUGAUGCUUUGGAUACUUCUGAGAGAACCGAUGAGGACCCAGAGAUACUAUUAGUUCAGCAAUCAUCUGCUGCUGAUUUCUUAAAGGCACUCAUUACUAUUUCGGCAAAUUCAACGACUGACAACUCAACAAUUGGACCAAAUGAAUUGACCAGAGAAUUAGUUUCUUAUGAAGAAAUUGAUCGUCUAUGUAACAUAAUGUUAAAAGGAGGCUAUGCAUUAGCAAACGGUGUUGGGAUAAUUAUAGAAAUCAUUAGAAAGAAUAACUCUGAUUAUGACAUUUUACCUGUGCUUUAUAUAACAUUAGAGAGUCAUCCUCCAACAAGCAGAGAUCCUAUUUACUUGGGCCAUUUAUUAAAGGUGUUCGGGUCUAAGAUUGAUAAGUUUGCAAGUCUCUUGACUAAAAAGAGAGAUGGUGAGAAAUUGAAAACACCAUUUGGAGAGAUUGAACCUUUGGGUUUUGAAAGGUUUAAAAUUUGUGAGUUGAUCGCCGAAUUGCUUCAUUGUUCUAACAUGGCUCUUUUAAACGAUAACAAGGGCUUUGACGUUGUUAAGGAAAGAGACGAGCUAAGAAAUAAGAUGAAAGAAUUCGAUCCGAUUAGUUUCAAAUAUAAUGAAGUAAUCACAUUACCUGGUGAUGAGAACAAAAGAGACGACAAUUAUGCGAAUGAUACAAUUGAUUCCUUCAAUGCAAACUUACAGGAAGAUGAAGAAGACUCAUUGAUUCAAAAUAACCAAAAUAUUGAUGAAGAUGAACCUCAUGCUAAUGCUAACUUAACUGAAGAGCAGAUUAGAUCACAGCCAGUGAUUGGGGAUUUUUUGAAGAUUGCGUUAUAUGAUACUCAAAUAAUUUCGACAAUCUCUUCAAUGUUUUAUAAAUUUCCUUGGAAUAACUUUUUACACAAUGUUGUGUUUGACAUUGUUCAACAAGUUUUGAAUGGAUCAAUUGAUAUUGGCUUCAAUAAGUUUUUAGCUAUCGAUAUAUUUCAUCUGGGUGAUAUAACAAACAAGAUCAUAGCAGGUCAAGAAAUGUGCAAUGAAUACGAAAAAGCUCAUAAUGGAUUGAGGUUGGGAUAUAUGGGUCACUUGACUUUAAUUGCCGAGGAAGUAGUUAAGUUUAUUCAAAUUUAUCCAACCAACACGUUGAGUGAAUUAAUCGAUCAAAAAGUUCAGGAAGAAUCUUGGCAGGAUUAUGUAAAUCAUAUCUUGUAUGAUACGAGAGAGAAAUAUAAUGCCAUCUUGGGCGGAGGAGAGGAAGAUGAAGAUGAAAUGUCGAAUACAUUUGAUGAAGGAACAGGAGAAAUAAUUGAUGAGGCCGAAUUUAGUUCGGGCCUAAACCUCGAUCCUAGUGUCGAUCAUGAUAUUACUGGAAGUGGUUUUGAUGAAAGCAUGCCAGGAGCUUCCAAUGAUUCUGAUGAGGAUGGUGAUGGUGAAGCAGAUGAAAAUGAUGAAAAUCAAAGAGAAGGCGAAGCUCUGAAUCGAUUUAGUUCCAGCGACGAAUCCGAGUCAGAAGAUGACGAUGACCAUUUUAGUAAUUACAUGUCUCAGCAACUUACGAAUACUGCUUCCACGGAAAUCGUGUCAAGCGUAGAAUCACCAAAUGAGGACGAUUUAGGAAGAAAUGCACAUUUACCUUCUUUUACUUCUAGAGGUCAUAAUAAUCAUAAUGAUGACAAUAGCAUUAAUUUUAAUGAUGACGACGGCGAUUAUGACGAAUAUAUUGAUCCUAAUGAUGAUGGGUUAUCUUACAAAAAAUCUAACCCUUUAUAUGACUCCAAGGGUUCUUUAAUUAACAUCGAUGACGAAAUUUCAAGCGGAGGUUCGAGCUCAAGUUCGGAUGAUGACGAUGAGCUUAGAAUCGAUGACGAGAAUGACGAAAUAAAUAAGAUCACUUCCAAUAAUAGACUAACCAGAUCUGCAAGCAAGAGCGAAUAG